UGUAACCAGACAAGACGAUGCAGUCUUCAUUUGCUGGAACAGAAAAACAGACGAAGCACAAAGGCACAGAGAACAUGAAGCUAUUAUCGAUUGUACUGCUACUGGCGACGUUUAUCAGGAAAAAGGAGUCUUUCCAGGCAUGUCCGAGAAAUACGCCCAAGUCCUGUACGGACCACAUGGUGUCCGGUCAUAGCACGACCAACGGCUACUACCAGCUGGUGGACAAUCACGGAAACACCUACACGGUCUACUGCGACUUCAACUCUGAACCGGGAGUAGCCUGGACCCUAAUGAUGUCAUUCAGCCUUGCCAACAAUGCCUUGCCACAGUUCAUGAGCACCCCGCUGUCCCAUGAUGCACCAGUUAAUGAAAAUUCUCCAAAUUGGCUUGCGUAUAGGCUUCCUCUGGCACGCAUGAAGGCCCUGCGGACGCAGUCCUCACAUUGGCGCUACACAUGCAGCUUUCCCUACUCUGGUGUCGACUACACAGAUUACUUGAGAGCGAGGCUGGUGGAUGUUGACCCUAUAAGCUUCGUUGGUGAAAUGAUUUGCAAGAGAGUAGAAUACAUCAACAUCCGAGGAAACGCUGCAGCUCACACAACGGUUGCGUUUUGGCAAAAGUCACCGAUUUGUAUUCAUCACACCGAUAGCAGCAUCACUACUCAAUAUAGUGGCUGCGCCUUCUCCGCAACGACUGGCUCUGUUCCAAACGAGGAUAACUUUGGGUGCUACCGGACGGUGAAUAGCAAGUUCAGGUGCACGAUGUCCCCUUCCUCCACCACUCAGUUCUGGUUUGGGGGGAGCGGCAUUCCUCAAUAGCUAUGAGACCUUGUAGUAGCAGGCCCGUACCCAGGUUUUUUUUUUUUUUUGGGGGGGGGGGUGCGAAAUCCGAAAAA